UAUUUUUUUAACCUAUAAAUGACCCGGCCAAUGUUCGAGGGAAAAAUGUUUCCCCAAAACACAAUAUUUUGUCCGACACGGUGCUCAAUAAAAUAAGAUUUGAGUUUUUGAGCUUCUGCACAUUUCUAUGAACCAAAUUUUAUUUUCCACUGCAAUUUAAAUCCAAAUGUAAUUGUAUCACAUAUACAAACAUAAAACAAGUAAUCUCCAUAAUAGAAUAUAUUAAAAAAAAAGCAAUAAACUACUGAUGAUCAUAGUAGGAAACAAAUAUUAAUCUGUUGUUGUUGUUUUGUUUCUAUUUAUUUUUCUUCUCGAGUUCAUCCAUUAGCGUCUAGGAGACCGUCACCGCCUAUCACGGUACGAACAAACAAGCGAACCCACGUUAGUUGCUCCACUCGCGUGCGGUUGAAAUCCCACGUCAGUCAGAGAUCGACUUGCGGCUCGUGUCUGGAUUUUACCUAAGGUCACAGUCAACAACCCCGUGGCCUCGUUUCUUUUUCUUUUCCGGUAACAAUUCUGUGGCGAGCCCAAAAUGGUGUUCCUGACGUUGUCCAACUGGAUUCGAAGCCGCGGACCGGACAGAUACUGGAAGGUUCAAGAACUUCUCAAGCAUGCACGGCAUUUCAGAGGCAGAAAGAACCGCUGUUACAGUCUGGCCGUGCGGGCUGUCAGGAGGGCUUUUGUCUACGCCACUAAAGGACGCAAGCUGAAGAAACGCAACAUGAGAACGCUGUGGAUCACACGCAUUGCUGCGGCGUCCCGAGAGCACGGCAUGAAGUAUCCUGUCCUCAUGGGCAACCUAGUAAAGAGCAGCGUUCAGCUCAACCGACGGGUUAUCAGCGACCUGGCCAUCACGGAGCCCAGGUCCUUCCUCGCCCUCGCCAAGCUGGCCCGGGCCCGGCAGCGAGAAGGCUUCAGCGCGGCGCUGGGUGACGGCAAAGAACCUCCCGGCGUCUUCUCCCGCGUUGUUGUGCAACAGUAGUGGACGCGCUACUGGCCUCAGCGUCGCGCAGACCUUCAUAUAAUAUUUUGUUUUCUUUUCGCAUUUGUUCUUUACUGUGUAAAGGGGUUAGAAAGCUUUGUUUUGUACAUAUCAAUAAUAUAAGCGUAUUAUUGUAAAACGACAAGACACGGUGAUUUUCUAACUCUUAUGAAGCCGCCACACCGCCACAAUUACAGUUUGGAAUGAUUUCAUGUUAAAAUAAUAUGUCAACAGAUUAUAUUACAAUUACAUUCAAUUCCUCUACAUAGGAUUAAUUUGCAAUGCCCGGUCAUCAUUUUUUUUUUUUCCUUUGUGUAAAUAUUUAUUUCUCAUUGUGUGAUUCUCCUGAAUGUUUAGUAAUUAAAAAUUUGAUAUACUUGA